AUGUUCGUUGCAAUCGCAGUCCUCUUCCUCGCCUACCUCUCCUUCACCAACCUCCUCCGCCCCCUAAUAACCUACUUCCUCGACCCCAAGCACCUCCGCCAAUAUCCCACCUUCCACCCACUCUCCGGAAUCUCCGAUUUUCCCUACCUCCGCGCCGCCCAUAAAGGCUUCCUCUCUCGCAACUUGCACGAAUUGCACAAAACCUAUCCAGUCAUCCGCAUCGGCCCCAACGCCCUCUCCUACGGCCACCCUGCCGCCAUAAAGGACAUCUACGGCCACGGCACCCCCUGCGUGAAAGACCGCUUCUACUCAGAUACCUCGGGAAGCCACGCCCAUCUCGCCGAUGUAGUUGACAAACAGGACCACGCGCGCAAGCGCAAGAUCCUCUCGAGCGCAUACGCAAUCAAGAAUCUAGAAGAGUGGGAGUUCAAAGUCGCAGACAUGAGGGGGCGAUUUAUCCGGGCGUUUGACGCGCGAUGUACGGCGCCUCUUCCCGAGGGCGUUACGGUCCCCAGGGGGGAAGACCUGACGGUUGAUUACUGCAGCUGGACGAACCAUUUCACGGUGGCUGCGAUUGCCAAUAUCGGGCUUAGCGAGGACCUGGGGUUCCUGGAGCAAGGCGAGGAUCAGAUUGGCUCGGAGUCGAUGGAUGGGCAGGUGAAGCAGGUUUCGUUCCGGCAGUGUCGGGAGGCGUCGGGGACGGUCACGUACAGGCUGAUCUGGGCGUAUGACUGGUUUCCGGUGCUCAAGCGGUUGAGUAAGCUUCUGUCGGCGAACUAUCGGCAGCUUUGGGAGCUGGAUGCGGACUGGAAUGGGAUUGUGUAUAACCGGACGACGACGAGGCUGAAGAGAUACUUGGCCGGUGAGAAACUGGAUGACUUUUUCUCGGCCAUGAUGGAGGAUAGGAAGGGUGCGCCGCAUAACCUGGAGAUGGGCGAGAUUGUGGCCGAGAUCAGUAUUAUGAUGAAUGCGGGGUCUGAUACGACGGCGAUUUCGUUGCGGAAUGUCUUGUUCUUCUUGUUGAAGAACCCGCAGUGUAUGGCGAGACUGCGCGAGGAGCUGGAUGAGGUCCUGGAUGACGAGGAUGUGGUUGCGGCUUAUUCCAAGGUUAAGCACCUGCCGUACCUCCGUGCUUGUUUGGAUGAAGGUCUACGAAUGCUGCCGCCUGUGAUCUUUGCACUUCCAAGACGGACCCCUUCUGAGGGCGCGACUAUCCUGGGUGAUUAUAUCGCUGGGGAUACCUCAGUCCGAAUGUCUGCGUACGUGGCUCAUCAUGACGAAUAUAUUUUCAAGAACAAUAACAGCUACCAACCGGAACGCUGGCUAGGCGAGGAGGCCAAGUCUCUUCAGUCUUACUUCAUCCCCUUCAGUACUGGUGCUCGAGGAUGCAUUGGGCGGAACAUCAGCUACCUUGAGCAGACUGUUCUUUUGGCCUCGCUGGUACAUAGAUACGACUUUGCGUUGCCCUCUCCGGAUUGGGAUCCUCCUAUUCCUGAGACGACGAACCUGAGUCCCGGCCCAAUGCCGCUGAAGGUCUGGAGGAGGGUUGGGAUGGAAGAUGAAAUCUGUGUUUAG